UUGACCCUUAUACUUCCGAACUCUAUACUUCCCCUAAGUUAUUUCUCAAUCUGAAUCCCAUCCAAACAAAACCAAAAAGAAGAAGAAAACACAGAACAAAAUGGAAGUCCCGUUUCUAAACAAGAAUUUUUCAUCUUCAUCUUCAUCUUCUUCAAACUUAAAUUCAUCAUCAUGGGCUUGGCCUUCUUGUCACCAAAACCCUAGAACCAUAUCUUUUAGAGCGACUAGUAUCGCAAACAACCCUUAUGACGUUGACGAGGAAGAGGAAGAAGAAGAGAAGCCACUUUCUACCAUCAUCUUAUCCUCCUCAUUCUCGUCCAAAUCAUUCAUGGCUGACGGCAUAGAAGAGCUUCCGGAGACCGAGUCCAUAGAGAAUGUGAUCAAAGGUAUAAAACCAUCAGAAAGACUCAUCUUUGAACGAACAGGAAAAUCCAAAUCUAUACUCGAAGAGAUGAGGAACCAGGAUUCAUGCUCUUAUCCUUGGAAUCAAUCCACCUUUUCUACAAUUUCAAACGAUUCGUGGUGGAGAUGGUUGAGGUACACACCCUUCAUCACGGCUAGAGAAGCCUCAAAAUGUAUCAUGAAGAUGACCAAAUAACGUUUGAUACGUCGUGACAGACGGGAGGUAAACAUGCAAUGCACAAUUGACGUUUGUGUGAGAAUCUAUAAGAGUUGCGUCUAGAGAGAUUGAUACGGACCCAAUAGAUCUUUUUCGGAGGUUUCAUCUCAUGCCAUAUAAACAGUUAGUAUAUUCGUGAGCCCUUCUUCUUUAUUUGCUUCCAGUGCGUGUGACUCAUACUGGUACUAUAUUUUUUAAUUUAAUCUAUUUGUAUUUGUCCCUUUGUCAAUACUAAAACUGAAUUUUCUUUCCGAAAG